AGACGAUGUCGUGCUACUUCUUUGUCCUUUCUCCUGCCACAAGAUAAAAAAUGAACAGAGACAAACAACGUACCAGAAAAAAAAGUUUAACUAUUCUUAAAAAUAGUUUCAACUCCAAUCCUUAAUUGUUCCAUUAAAUGGAUUCUGAUAUUUUUCUCUCGUCGCUCCAUUAGCUACUUCUCCGGUGGAUACUUUAGCCAGCUUUUCUCGAGCGUUUAUCCUUACGUGCCAUUUCAAAGGUCUAAAUCUUUCUCUCUCUUUAUACAUGUAAGAAGAAUAUGAUUGGUCUGUGACAAGAUCUAAAUGAAAGCUGAAGAGAAACCUUUCUUGGGUUCUGUCUUUUUUCCUUUCUACUUCUGAAUCCAAGUAAACCAAGGUUUUUAGUUCUUGAUAUAAAAAGUAAAAAAAAAAUUGUGUAAAAUUGGUCGUCACUUUUUCACUUCGGGUGAUAUGAAGAUUUUUGCUCCUUUGUCUCAAAUUUAGAAAUUUUUAUCUUAUCAAACUUAUUUUUGAAGCAAAUCUAUGGAGAUUAAGAGUGUUUGCUUCUUUUAGCCUUUUAGGUGUUCAUAUUAAUAUAUAGUAUUAAGCAACAACAUGCUGAGAAAGUUCUCAUUUUUUUUGUUUCUUGUUAGUUUUCCCUGAAAAAGCAAAAGAGAAGAAUCUUGGAAUCUUGCAACUUGUUUUACAUUUCCUUAUUAAGAAAUAUCUCUAGAUGUGUUUUCUUUAAACAGAAACUCUCUUUCCCUUCAAGUCAAAAUCAUGUACAUCAAAGAUAAAUCUUAGAAGCUUGUUUCAAUGGAAUUCCAUGUCAGACUUAUGAAUAUUCCACUUGAAGUUCAAUUUUUGUUGUUGUUUUUCAAAGUGUCUAGAUUCUCAACACUAUGACUCAUCUUCUUACUUUUAAGAUUUAACCUCUGUUUUAUGAUCUCCUUGUAGCACUAUCAAAGUUUCUAAAGAAGUUUUGGUUUCUUGUUUUUUAAGGAUCAUCUGAAGCUUAAGGAGAAAGUUUCUCGUUGUUGCUUGAUAUAUUAAUCUUUUGGGGUAUUUAAAAGAUGGGACAUUUCUCAUCGAUGUUCAAUGGAUUAGCUCGAUCAUUUUCUAUAAAGAAAGUGAAGAACAACAAUGGAAACUGCGACGCAAAGGAAGCUGCUGAUGAGAUGGCAAGCGAGGCUAAGAAAAAAGAAUUGAUUCUGAAAUCCUCUGGUUAUGUUAAUGUACAAGGAUCUAAUAAUUUAGCCUCUCUUUUCUCCAAACGCGGCGAAAAAGGCGUUAAUCAGGAUUGUGCACUCGUUUGGGAGGGAUUUGGGUGCCAAGAAGACAUGAUCUUCUGCGGGAUAUUCGAUGGACACGGUCCAUGGGGUCACUAUGUAGCCAAACAAGUAAGAAACUCAAUGCCUUUGUCGCUUCUUUGCAACUGGCAAAAGAUUCUUGCUCAGGCCACUCUAGAACCCGAGCUCGACCUCGAAGGCUCUAAUAAAAAAAUCUCAAGAUUCGACAUAUGGAAGCAAUCCUAUCUAAAAACGUGUGCAACGGUUGAUCAAGAGCUUGAACAUCACCGCAAGAUCGAUUCUUACUAUAGCGGCACAACAGCUCUAACCAUUGUGAGACAGGGUGAAGUUAUUUAUGUAGCAAAUGUAGGCGAUUCAAGAGCGGUACUAGCCAUGGAGUCGGAUGAGGGAAGCUUGGUUGCGGUUCAGCUCACCCUCGAUUUCAAACCGAAUCUACCACAGGAGAAGGAGCGGAUAAUUGGCUGCAAAGGGCGGGUUUUCUGUCUAGAUGAUGAGCCGGGAGUCCAUCGUGUGUGGCAGCCAGACGCAGAAACACCGGGGCUCGCAAUGUCAAGAGCAUUCGGAGACUACUGUAUUAAAGAGUAUGGAUUGGUCUCAGUCCCUGAAGUCACUCAAAGACACAUCUCUACUAAAGACCACUUCAUAAUCUUGGCCAGUGAUGGGGUAAAUACUUAUAAACCUUUACACAAACAAAAUAUACUCAUCCACACUCUUAAAACGUUCAAAAAGUUAUAAAAAGUCAAUUUGAAAAAGAAAAGAAAUAACCACAUUUGAAUAAGAGACUUGGUAAUACCAAAAGAAAAGCAAAUUGGAAUAUUGUUUAUUUGAUUUAGGAAUUUUUAAUCCGAAUUUAGGUUUUCCUUGGUUUGAGUUUUUUGGUUUAAUGAAAAUUACUCAUUGGUAUAUAAAUCUAUUAUGAAUCGACUUGAGUGGUUUUGGUUCGGCUUUGAUGUUUAGGUAGAUAGAUUUUUAAAGUUCAAAUGUAUAUAAAUUUUGGUGUUUGUAUACAUUUUGGUUCGAUUUGAAUCGACUUGGUUUAUCUUGGUUGUACAGUCUUAAUUAAAUUAUUUAUCGGCAUCUUUAGUAAUUAAUCUUUUUAUUUCUCUUUGGUUUGAAUGUAAAAGAUAUGGGAUGUGAUCUCUAACCAAGAGGCUAUAGAGAUUGUCUCCUCAACGGCUGAGCGGCCUAAGGCGGCUAAGCGAUUAGUAGAGCAAGCGGUUCGGGCUUGGAAGAAAAAGAGACGAGGAUACUCCAUGGAUGAUAUGUCAGUCGUCUGCCUCUUCCUCCAUUCUUCUUCAUCGUCAUCUCUAUCACAACAUCAUCAUGCCAUGACGAUUUUAAAGUAAAACUUUGUGUUGUAAAUAGAUCAGCGAUGAUGUUACAUUUGUAACAUUCCUUUUGAAAUCCGAAAUGCGUUUUUUUGGUCGAAGCCAUCAUGAGUUGAUUUAUCGUCUCAAUGUCUCAUUGUUCACAUAAGUUGAUACCAGGAAAAGGAACGGAACAACCGAUUCCGAAGUGUAUAAUAAUAUACCACAAGAUAAAAAUCAUAAAACAAAGUUUGAUGGACA